GCGCGCAGCCCGCCGGAGCCGCGGCGCGGCGGCGGGGCGGCGGCGGGGAGCGGCCGCUCCAGGAGAGCAUCCUUGGCGGCCGGCCGGGAGCAGGUCUCCCUCAUCAGCACCUCCUUCGUGCUCAAAGGGGACGCGUCUCACAACCAGGCGAUGGUGCACUGGACGGGCGAGAACAGCAGCGUGAUCCUGAUCCUUACCAAGUAUUAUCAUACUGACAUGGGGAAAGUUCUGGAGAGUUCUCUGUGGAGGUCUUCAGAUUUUGGGACAUUAUACACAAAGCUGAAUCUACAGCCUGGGAUUGCCACUGUUAUUGACAAUUUCUACAUUUGUUCCACCAACAAAAAAAAGAUAAUUCUCGUAAGUUCUUCCCAUAAUGACCGUGACCAAAGCCUUUUCAUAAGCACAGAUGAAGGAGCCACUUUCCAGAAACAACCCAUCGCUUUCUUUGUGGAAACUCUCCUUUUCCACCCAAAGGAAGAAGAUAAAGUACUUGCUUAUACCAAGGAAGGCAAGAUUUAUGUAUCUAUUGACUUGGGGAAAAAAUGGAAUCUCCUGCAGGAACGAGUUUCUAAAGAUCACUUCUUUUGGGCUGUUGCUGGAGUUGACGGGGACCUUGAUUUAGUUCAUAUGGAAAUCCAGGACCCCACUGGAGGUUAUCGCUACAUCACUUGCCAGAUUCAGAAUUGUUCUGAUAAGACAAUGACAGUCCCAUUUGCUGGCAGCACUGAUCGGGAUUCCCUGACUGUGCAGGAUGACUACAUAUUUCUGCAGACAACAUCAGCAAAUCGGACCAAGUAUUACGUGUCUUACCGUCGAAAUGGCUUUGUGCAGAUGAAGUUGCCAAAAUAUGCAUUGCCAAAAGAUUUGCAGAUAAUCAGUACAGAUGAAAACCAGGUGUUUGUGGCUGUGCAGGAGUGGUACCAGACAGACACAUACAACCUGUACCAGUCUGACCCACAAGGUGUUUACUACUCCAUCCUGCUGGAGAAUGUCCGGAGCACGAAGCAGCCAGAAGAGAACGUCCUGAUAGAUAUUCUGGAGGUCAGAGGUGUCAAAGGAGUCUUUUUGGCCAACCAGAAAAUUGACGGGAAAGUUACAACGUUGAUAACCUACAACAAAGGCCGUGACUGGGAUUUUCUAAACCCUCCAGACAUCGAUAUGAACGGCAAACCCACCAACUGCAAACCUCCUGACUGUUACCUUCACCUGCAUCUGCGGUGGGCAGACAAUCCCUACGUGUCAGGCACAGUGCACACCAAGGACACUGCACCAGGGCUCAUCAUGGGGGCAGGGAACCUGGGCUCCCAGCUGGUCGAGUACAAGGAGGAGAUGUACAUAACAUCUGACUGUGGGAAAACGUGGCGCCAGGUCUUUGAAGAGGAGCACCACAUCUUGUACUUGGACCAUGGUGGAGUUAUUGUGGCUAUCAAAGACACCUCUAUCCCUCUGAAAAUACUCAAGUUCAGCAUAGAUGAAGGCCAGACCUGGAGCACACAUAAUUUUACCAGCACUUCUGUCUUUGUAGAUGGACUCCUUAGUGAACCUGGAGAUGAGACACUGGUCAUGACAGUCUUUGGACAUAUCAGCUACCGUUCAGACUGGGAACUGGUGAAGGUGGACUUCAGACCAUCCUUCCCCAGGGAGUGCACUGAUGAAGACUAUGAGUCUUGGGAGCUCACAAAUCUACAGGGUGAUCGUUGCAUCAUGGGCCAGCAGAGAAGCUUUCGCAAGAGGAAGAUUUCAUCAUGGUGCAUUAAAGGGAAAAGUUUCACAUCGGCUCUCACUUCCAAAGUCUGUGAAUGUGUGAACACUGAUUUCUUAUGUGAUUACGGGUUUGAGCGCUCUGUGCCUCUGAAGUCGGAGUCGAGCAGGUGCUUUGCUGACUUUUGGUUUAAUCCAGAAGCACCUCCUGAAGACUGUGUGUUGGGGCAGGCAUACACCAGCAGCACUGGGUACAGGAAAGUUGUUUCUAAUGUGUGUGAAGGUGGAGUGGACCUGCAGCAGAACUUAGCACACCAUAUGUGUCCACUGAUUGCUCCCAAGGGUCUUCAGAUCAGCAUCAGAGAAGAAAGCCUGGCUGUUAGGCCUGGGGAAGACAUCACCUUCAUUGUCCAACAAGAGCAGGGUGAUGUAUUGAGCACCAAAUACCAGGUGGACCUUGGGGACGGCUUCAAGGCGAUCUACGUGAACCUGACGAUGACGGGAGAGCCCAUCCGGCACCGCUACGAGAGCCCGGGGAUUUACCGCGUGUCCGUGAAGGCUGAGAACGUGGCUGGGCAUGACGAGGCGGUUGUGUUCGUCCAAGUCAACUCCCCACUCCAGGCUCUAAAUUUAGAAGUGGUUCCAGUCAUUGGGAGAAACCAGGAGGUGAACCUGACAGCCAUCAUUCUGCCUAAGAACCCUAAUCUGACAGUUUUCUACUGGUGGAUAGGAAACAAUCUUCAGCCACUGCUUACUUUGGAGAGUUUUCUGGUGACGAAGUUUGCAGAGACAGGUGAUGUCAGAGUUACAGUGCAAGUUUCCUGUGGGAGCUCUAUGCUUCAGGACUCAAAAGUUGUCCAUGUUUUUGAUAACUUUCAUGUUCUUCCUCUGAAGUUUACCAAGCACCUGGACAUGUACAACCCCGACAUACCAGAGUGGAGGGAAGACAUUGGGCGGGUGGUGACGCGACUUCUGGCAAAGGAGACCAGUAUACCAGAGGAAACACUCAUGACAGUUGUGAAACCUGGUCUGCCCACAGCUGCUGACCUGCAUGUGCUACUACCAGCAAAUCAACCAAAAAGGAAGAGAAGCAUAACUAGUGAUAAGAGAAUAGCAGCUAUAAAGCAAGCCCUGAAUGCACACAACAUCAGUUUCUUUCUGAGGGGAGGAUACUGGGUCUUAGUGACUUUAGCUGACUCCGGUUCAGACUCUCAGAGGAUUGGAGGAAGCAGUGGCUACUGGGCUAUUGUGGUUCUCUUUGUUAUUUGUCUCGUUGCAGUUGGGGCUUUCAUUCUCUACAAGUUCAAAAGGAAACUGCCAGGCAGAAAUGUCUACGCCCAGAUGCACAAUGAAAAAGAGCAGGAGAUGACAAGCCCUGUUAAUCACAGUGAGGACACCCAGAACAUCAUCCAGGGUGAGGAGUUUAUUGAUGAUGAUCUGGACUCUCAAACACUAGUGACUCCUUCUGGGAGAGGUGGCAACUUGAGCAGCUACAGAGUUCCCUUAUUGCUGAUGCCGGUCAGUGUGCAGUCCCAGGCAAUCACUCAGGCGUGGUUUUGAGCAUCAACUCCAGAGAGAUGCACAGUUACCUGGUUAGCUGAUAUUUGCAGCUGAACACAAAAACCGAAAGACUCUUCUCUGUACCGUUUUAUUUUUCCCUGGUGAUGUCCCGAAAUUGCAAAUAUGGCUGUAAAUGCUGAUGGAGAGGAGGUUUCUUAUCAGUCCUGUGGAAAAAAGCAUCCAUCAUCAGUUACCAAGGGCGAAGGAUAACAUGUCUUGAGUUCACUCCAUGGCCUGGGAACUCAUUAGGAUUGAAACUCCAACUUUGGUAGCAAACUUGUAGCCCUAGGCACCUUCAAUGCCACCUUGUUUCUUUUCUGUAUAUGCUCUAUUUCUUUAUGUUUAUUUUUAGAUUGAUUGACUGUAACUUUUUAAUUAUAUUUUUAAUUGAGGUAUUCAGUGGAAGGCUGGGAGUCUUCAGCCUGAAAAGUUGAUUUUUACACAAGUGACUAGACCAGAACAGAUGGUUGGUUGAUCACAAUGACAAUUUUUUAGGAGGGCAAGUGUUUCUGUACUGGGAAAGGACUGAGUGAGAGACAAAUGCACUCCUAGUUGAGACAAGCUCUUAACUUAAACAUGUGUGAGACAAUCUAACAAAUUUAGGCUUAGGCCCUUCUGAGGAUUAAAGGAAGUAAAAUGUUAAUUAGGAUAUCUCGUAAUAUACAAUAAUGCUCUUGUAAGUGUAGCAGGUCCUGACGAGCUAUCAGCACCAGAAUCUCCCCCAGUCCCACCACAUGUGAAAGAAAAACACCAGCUUGAUGCUAUUUCCAGACCAGGUGCCUUCACUUGCAGACAAGCAUUUUAGUUGCUUUUCUCCUGAGCGAGCCCCUCUAGGAUGAUGGCAGCUGCCAGAUGAGUUAUCCUCUUAAUAAACCCUAGGCUGGUGGCCUGUCUCUUUUUAAAUUUCCAGAGAGUGUAAAUACCUCUUUUACGCAGUUUUCUUUGUAUGAUUAUUUUUUUAAAACUUCCUACAAGGGGCGGCUGUGCCGGGUGGGUCAGAGUUCUGCUCUGGGAAGGGCUGGGUGGCACUGCCACCUCCUUCCCACGGCAUCCCUGCCUGGGAUUUCCUCUGGCAUCUGCCCUUGGCAGCAGGAGUCGGCAAACCCCAGCCUGACCCUCUCAGCUUGGGUUGGUUUGACAAUCCAAAGGGUCACGGGGAGGAUGAGAAGGGAUUUAGGGCUUCCUGCUCCCUUCCAAUCACCACAGAGUGUCUCAGUCCCUGCCACCACUGGCGCCUUCUCCGCAGGGCGGGCAGGGCAGGGGCUGCUGGAGGGGCUGCCUGCAGAAAGGAUUGUGAGUCGGGCCCUUGUGUGCUAAUCCCAGUUUUGUCAGUUGGGUCAGAUCUCCUAGUCCCAAUCUCUGCAUCCCCAGGGAAUGGCAAUGCAGUGAAUCCACACUCCUCUUGUCUUUCCUCUGUGGUUUCUUUUAGCCAUGUGGGAAAACAAGUGUGGUGUGGUGAGUUUAAAUGUUUGGCAUCCUGUGUGUCACAGCUGCCUGGGAGUAGGAUGCUUCUCUCAGAAACCUAUAUAAUCUCUUCACUUUUUGCCUUUGAUGGAGAAUAAAUAACUCUGUACUCACUGAAUGUCAUACUGAUGCUAACGACAAGCUUGCACACCAUCUUGAUUGAGAAGGAUACAAAUAGUGCAUCAUCCAGAAUAUGCAAACAGAAAAUAAUGAAAGCUAGUCAAAUAGAAAUGAACUCUUAAAAUCAGUGUAUGCAUUGGAAUCAUUUUUCCAUGUAGCUGUGAAUAUGGAGCAUAUUAUCACCAAACGCAGCAGAUUGGGAUGUAGUAAUUCAGUGUAGUACUGUAGGCUCUCACAAACCCCAUGGGAUGUAUGUGUAAAGCACAAGAAAAUCUAGAUUAUAAACUUACUGUGAGAAACUUGGUGGAAAAGUAAGAGUGAAGAUUCUGAAAAGCACUUGCAAACCGCUCAGGAAAAUAAUUACAAAAAUUGUUCUAAAAUUUCUGCCUAUUUAGUUGUAUAGUGCCAUGUAAACUUGUUAACAGAGAAGCAAUGCCCUGGCUGACUGCUGUAUGCCAGACUGUGGAAAUCCGAGGUCUUAAAUGUAUCUGAAUCUGGGUUUCUUGGAGAGAAAUGCAUAUCCAAACCAUGCUGUGAAUUGGAAAUUCCUGGGAUCAUUGCACCAGGGGCUUUCCCUCCUCACCAGCUCUUCUUGCUUUUUCCUAGCAGAAAUGAGCUGAGCAGAGAAUGAAAUAACAUUGCACACAUCCUACUUGUUCCUGUGAAAUAACUCUGAAACAGGUAGUUUGAAUAGGGCAGGUGAGUGGCAAACCAGCUUCAUGGACAAGGAAUGGGGUGGAAGCUCCACCUUGGGGUUGUUCUCACGUGGUCAGUCUGAUUGGCAAAGGACUCUGUUGGAACUAGGUCACACAUUAAUUUAUGCUUUAGCAGCUACUUUUAUACAUUUAAUUCAGGGUGAUUUGUGAUCACAGGAGUCUUUUGGAACACGGUAGAAUAUUUAACUGCUUGGUACUCUAAUUAACACUUAGCACAAUGUAGUGCCUGUAAUAUUUUUUUUCCCAUGCUUAUUAAUUUGAUUCAUGCAGCACUCCUGUCAGGCUGGUUUGUCAUGUCUUAAAAACAUUGUUUUUGAAAGACAUGUUGGUAUUGCCAUAACUGUAUUAAUAAUACCCAGCAGAUAAUAAAGGAAGCCUUUGAUUUCCUCACAAGAAUAACUUAAAAAUGAAUUAUUUUAAAACUGAGAAAGUACUAUUGCCAUUUUCUCAUUCAUGGUGUCAUGGUUUAUCUGUAAAUGAAAAGACUCACUAGUGCUGGUUCUCAAAUCUCUUGAACUACAUCCAUGAUAUCUUAACUUUUAUCCUUUAUAUGUAUCUAAAAUCCUGAUACAUGAGUAUUCAGAAACAGAGUUGCAUGUGUGCACACAUACAGUAUUUGUACAUAUUUUAGUUACAGUUUUUUAGUGGUGAUGUGGUGGCUAAGAAACAGAAGAUGACUGUCAGAUAUCUGGAUUCUGUACCCAGACUUUAAGCAAGUUACUUCCCUUGUGUUGCUCCAGUUUUCCCAACUAUAAAAUGGGGCUGAUAGUAAUUACCUACCUCACAGGGGUAUUGUGAGGCUAAAUUAAUUACUGUUUGUUCAGGAUCAUCAGAGCAAAAGAAUUUUGUGAGCAUAAAUUAUUAAUGGAAAGUUAAUAAGAAUUAACCUUCUUUGUUUUACUUGUAAUUAUCACUGUUGUUCAAAGUUCUCUACUGAAACCAGCUGCAAUUAUGUAUAAAUGUAAAAAAUGCAUAAUCCAAAAAAGGUGCAUCUCUGGUAAAAAAGAAAAAGGUAAUUUUAUUUAAACACUGCUAUUGGAACAUACUGUUAUGUGGUAGCACUGCAACACUGGCUGUGAUUUUGCUGUUACACACUAGUUAUUGUCAACUCCUCUGCAUUGUUAUUUGAUCAAAACCCUUAUAAAAAUGGGUACAGUGAUAUUUAUCAGCACUGAUACCGAACUACACUGAAUCUGAAAAAACUGGCAGUGUGCUGGCCUCAUUGGCCUCAUUUGGCCUUCUUAAAAUCUGAUGUAUUUGCAAUUUCAAAAACACUCUGUACUUUUCAGAGUGCUGCAAGCAGUAUGAUCUGAAGCAUUCUAACAGAGCCAUCAAGAUUUACAGCUGUUAUCUUUGCUUUUUCUUUUGACAUUGAAUGUUUUAUAUGGCUUUGGAACAGCCCACCCAUAUAAAGUACUCAGAAAUGCUCAGAGGACAUUUAGGGAAAAUGCACACAGUGUUAAUUAAUUUUUCAACAAUAUAAGCAAUAUAAACCAGUGUAUAUUUUUAUACUUUAUUGAAGAGGGUGGUGGAAAUGGCUUUGAAGAAAUGGAAGGUACCAGCCUGAGGCGAGGUGUUGUUAUCCACAAUUCACAUCCAAUUUCUUGGAACUCUUUUAUGAUAUUCUCAUUGAAUUAUAUCCUUCUUGAUGAGUUUUCUUCUCUCAGUGACCAGUGUAAUGAAGAGCAAGCUGUUUAUUCAUAUAAAGCAGAUGAUUUGUUAACUAACUGUCCUGUAGACAAAGACAAAUCAGUGCUUUGCCAUUAGUAGUUGCCAGUGCAAAGCAGGUUUCAUCUGACAUGAUUAUCAUGGUUAGCUCUGUUUUCAGUCCAAUGAAACCCUCUUCUAGUGGGAAGACUCCACUACUGCACACUGUAUCUUUAAUAGAGGUCAAUAGAAUGGAACUGCAGUAAUUUCCAUCCUCCUUACACAAAUACAUGCUCAAAGAAAUGUGUGGGGAAAAGAAAAUCUUUAAAAGAAAUUAAACACAUGCAUUUGGUUGCAGUAGCUUUUUGAUGAUUAACCAGAGGUUCUGAUAAGUUUUGAAUCUCUAGUGUUACUUCAAGUCAAUGUUUCUAAGUAAAUAGAAUCAAUGACAAUUUCAGUCAUAGAUUUUUUCCUAUGUUUCCUCUUCAAAAAGUUUUGUAAUUUUUCAUUAAUGAGACUGUGGGGGAAAAGAGAGACUAAACAUUUUAUUUCAUUGCACGGUCUCUGCCAGUUGGAGUUAUUAUAGUUAUUUUAUUGUAUAUUGAUUGAUACCACUGUAUUGUUUCCAUAUUCAUUUUUAUUUCAGCAUUUUAGAUGAAAGUAAGUGUCCAUUUCUCUCAAAAUACUGCAUUUCCAUCAGGACAAAAUUUGUAAGCAUUUACCUUUAUAAAUCUUGAUUUUUGAGUUGCAGAAUUUUGUUUUGUCUUUUAAGUCCAUCCAAAAAGCUGCUUCCUGGCUCAUUUUCUCUCUUUCAGUCCCAGUUGUGCAUUGUUUCUUCAGCUUUCUUCAAGAGACUGGCACAUAACCAGUCUGAGAAAACCUAAAACUUUCAUUAGAGUGGCAUUUAAUUGACUAUAAGUAAGGUCUGCUCAGAUAAUUUUUUUAAUGUUAAGGUUGUAUUUUCAUGUUUGGUAUUUCCUUUCAGUAUAUUAGCAUUUGCCCUCUCAGUGCCAUUUAAAUGCUUUUUUAUUCCUGUAAGUUUUUGACUUAUUUUAUACUGUAAUCAUCAAAGUGACAAAUAGCUCAGACCCCCAGUUAGCUUUUGCAAUUAAUAGCCCAACCCUGCAGUCUUUGGGAAAUGUCAAGCUGUGCCCUCUCAAGUUUUGAAUCUUCUGUCCCAAGCCAGCCCUCCUGCCCAGCUGGUCACCUCAGCAGCUUUGCCUCAAGGUGUGUGUGCAUGCUCAGAAUGGAGGGGUGCAGAAGGGGUGCUCUGUGUCAAGACAGCCUAGAACAGCCCAUUUCCAAAAUCUGGAUGGGAAUGGCACACAGAUAAAGCUCUGAUUCGUUGCUUCUUUUCAGGAGUGUCACAUCAGUAGAGAGGGUGCAUAUUACUGGGGAAAGAGGAACCUGUGGUGGUUCUUCAGGCUGCUGUGGAGGAUAAAUAUUGCAUCCUCUUGGAACAUUUUCCCAUUGAAAUUGAUACGUACAGCAAGUUAGUUUCAUGAUUUUUAAUAUGGGAUCUCAUUUCUGCAAGUCUUCAGUCACAGCUUGUUUCCUCCUGUUAAAUGGAGUAGCAAAUUACUUAAACUAUGAAUUGUGGAGCCAUGUAUGACUUCCAUUCUUUUCAUUCCUUUCUUUCCCUU